AUGGCAGCGCCGCCAUGGAGUAACUGGGCACAAACAGUGCAGUGGACUGGAGCUGUACAAAAGCCAACAACUCUUGAAGAGCUUGAACGCUGUGUAAAGGGGGCCUCGCGAGUAUUUGUCGUGGGCUCUGGCCAUUCCUUUCACUUCCCCGCCGCUCCACCGACAGAAGGUUUGACCUCUGGGACGAUACUUCUGGAUUUGACACAUGGUUUUAACAAAGUAUUGUCUGUCCAACCUUCCACUGAGGGAGAUCGUUCAGGAACGUGUGUUGUGGAGGCCGGCUGCAGCCUUGGCCAGCUGGCCACUACCUUGCAGAAGCAGAACCUGGCUUUGGAGUCUAUGCCAUCCUUGAUGAGCAUCACCAUAGCAGGAGCUGUUCUUACUGGCACGCAUGGCUCCGGUGCUUCCAUCUCUGUGAUGGCCACACUGGUCAAUGAGAUGGAUGUCAUGACUGCUUCAGGGGAAGUAGUGACGAUCCGUGAUCCCCGUUUUUUCUUGCACGUGGGCUUGCUCGGCAUUGUUAUUCGAUUGACCCUGAGGUGUGUGCCAUCCUACAGUUUGCACCAGCGCGUCUACGAACACAUUCAACUACAGAAGUUUUUGCCUAUGGCGCGAGAGGUGGUAGAACAUGUGGAGAGCAGCAGUUUCUGGAUUGACUUGGGACGUGCAGAAGUUAUGGCAUGGCUCCGGUUUCGCAUUGAAGACAUGACGCCAACAGAGGAGCUUGAUGUUGGCGGCAUGUUGCGCGCCAUUCCGGUCAGAGUGUCCGAGACCAAUGACCCAGUGCAAACACAGAUGACUGGUCCAUGGCUGGACGUGCUGCCAUUCUUCGGCAUUGGUCAGUCGCUCCCCAACAGGGAAACUGUUCAAGCAGAAUUCUUCAUUCCUUUGAGUGAAGUGCAGCAAGCCAUUGAAGCCUUGCAGGCGAUUCCAGACGCGGCUCGGCACUUGCCGCACAUUGAGGUACGGGUUGUCAAGGGCGAUCACUUGGCCCUCAGUCCUUGCAACUUCCGUUUCCUCACUGACGAGAAGGACCUCUUUGCUUGCCUGCACUUUGGCUUUCCGAAGAACAUGCAGACUGUGGCCAUGACUGUGAAUGCCAUAGAGAGAGCCUUGAAACCAUGGGGUUCUCGACCCCAUUGGGGCAAGCUUUUCACGGUCAGUGGCUGCACCCUCGAGCGCUUUUGUGGUCCCGCCGCCCACCGAGAUUGCGCGGCGUUCUGGGCCCUUGUGCUGCACCACGACCCCAGAGGGAAGUUCCGCAAUGCAUUGAUUGAUCAAGUGGCCCGCAAAGUUGUGGCUGUGCAGGAGUUCAAACAACUCCAUGGUGCGCUUCCAGGGCGAUGGCCUUUCCACUGCAGGAGCAUCGAUUCAACCGCGCUGGCUACCGGUACUUUGGUCUUGGCUUCUAUGGCAGCUAUGGUUUUGGUUUUCAGGCGUAAGAUGCUGGCCAGUCGCUGA